AUGGCUUCAGAAUUCAUCGGCUGCACUGUGCUUGUGACCCUCAAGACUCCUCCAAACUGCCGGGUCGAAGGUGAAGUCGUUGAUGUCGUAGGGACCAGGUUAAGCUUGCAAAACGCACAUCUCCUGUGGAACGGCCAGCAUUUCCCUUUGUACCAUAUAGACGGUCCAAGGAUCGCAGACCUAGAGAUAUCUAGCCAGCCAGCCCCUCAGGCAUCUUCACACUCUAGAAAUGAGCGUAUAGAUGACAACGGAUAUCACCCAUCACAACAUGGCCAGCAGCAGCAUCCCACCGUUUCGAUACAGCCUGAAUCUGUGUCCCGCACUGCCGGGCCUUCAUCUUUCGUGGAUCCGGCAAUUUUAAGUUUCAAACGGCCAUCCAGGCUGGGUACACCUAACGAGGUAGAACCGGCUAAUGUCACUGCACACCCGAUUUCUACUUCUCCUGUCAUGCUAGGAGGCUCAGAAGUACCUACAUCAGCGCAUAUAAACCAGAUGGGACACCAUUCUCGGCUUCCAGCAACACUGAAUGCACCUUUUAGCGAUUUGGAGCUGAACAAACAAGAGGUGCCACCUUCUACGAGGGGAAAUAUCAUUGAAGAACAGGAGCUGGAGCAAACCCCGAUACCCUGCGAUGGCCGUCGGGGAGGCGGUGGUGGCUCAACCGCAGCCCAGCUUAAAAAUGUGGGAAAACGAGGCAAGCGGAGUAAUAAAUGGAAGCCUGGGAAGGACGGCGGAGAAACAACCGAUAUGCCUGCGACGGAACUGCUUGUUUCCGCCACCAACAGUAACAACAACAAUGGCAAAAAGGGUACCGCGGGUAAGGGGUGGAGGCAGACUGCUUUCAUAGAACCGAUUGACACCUCCCCUACUGCUAACAAAUCCAAAUCAAGGGCCUCCAGAAAGUCACGAGCCCAUAAGGAAGACCUAAACGGAUGGGCAACCGAAGAGGCGACCGACAUUCAGGAAUUAGGAGACUUCGAUUUUGAAAGCAACUUGUCCAAGUUCGACAAGAGAAGGGUGUUUGAUGAGAUAAGAAACGAUGAUAUGACCCCUCUUGAAGAUCGCUUAGCAAGCUUUAACAGGCGACCUAAACCUGGAACUAAUGGAGGGAAAAACCUUCAUUAUACGGAAAACGUCUUGGACUCAACAUCACAACCUCAAGCUCCCCAGUGGAAUAGCGAAGCUGGAGAAACAGAUAAUGAUUAUACGCUCAACGGUAGAACAUCGAGUAGAAACCGAUCUAUGGCUUCACGCAAGGGCAGUGGUGUACUAGCGUCCACGCCAUCGUCCGCUCAAUUCACCAUUAUAGGACGUUCACAUCUAUCCACUCGUACUGCAAGCCCACAGCCCAUCAAAAAUAUGAAGCACUCUGCGUCCUCUAUGACUGGGUCAUCAGGCUCUUCAGUGGGCUCCCUCCAUAUGAUAACUACAGGCAGGCGGUGUCCGAGUAUCAGCCCUCUUCAGAUGGUGGAGAUAGAGCAACUAGCUAUAUCAGAACUUGGCCUAACCGAGGACAUAGUCACAGAGAACGCUGGCAGAGGAAUUGCUGAAGGUGCAAUUUCUCUUGCAACGGGACUUCGUGUACCCUCAAUAAUUAUAGUGUUUGUUGGAAAUCAUCGAACCGGUGCACGAACCGUCGCUUCUGCACGACACCUGCGCAACCGUGGUUAUAGGGUCUCACUCUGUAUUCUUGGUAAUGACCGUGGUAACGAGUUCACUGAUGGCUUUCAGAAACAAGUCGACGUCUUCCAGAAAGCAGGAGGCCAUGUGAUGCGAUGGGAGGACCUUUCUGCCAGACUAUCGACGGGCGAUUAUAAGCCCAAACUGGUCAUCGAUGCCCUUUUUGGCAUGCACAUUGCUUUUGAAGACUUGCGUACUGAUGACCAAGCGACCGCCUUUGAGAUAAUUUCCUGGGUGAACCGAAGUAAUGUGGAUAUCUUAUCUGUCGAUAUUCCCUCUGGCAUGUCCGCAGUUACGGGAGAAGCAACAGUUUCUCAAGGGUCCCAGCUCGCGGUAUCUUCUCAAUUCGUCAUUUGCCUUGGUGCACCAAAGACAGGCUUAGUGACUGCAUUAUCUUCACGGGAGGGUGAAUCCUGGCAAAUUGUUGCAGAUGUGGGCAUUAGUCCUGUGGCAUGGAGAAAAUACGGAACUCGUCGCCGUCACGGAGUUGAAUUUGGAAACGCAUGGGUUGUACCCCUGAGAUUCCAGCUUCCUACUCCCUAA